AUGGCCACCGUUGUCGGCGGCUGCCUACUACCAGGCUUGCCGGAUGACGUGGCACUGUCAUGCUUGGCUCGCGUGCCACGUGGCCUCUAUGGAUCUCUCAAGCUGGUCUGUAGGAGUUGGCACGCCGCAAUCGAAGGGUCCGAGCUGUACACGCAGAGGAGUAACCUGGGCGCCACGGAGAGCUGGCUGCACCUCAUCCCUCUGCGCAGCUCUCACUGGUUCGCCUACUCGCCAGUGCUAUCACGCUGGUUCGCCCUGCCAUGGCGCGGGCCGCGCUUUGUGCGCUGUGUGGAGGUUGUGGGUCGCUACCUCCUCGCGUUCGGCACCGACGAUGACUCGGGGGGCUCCUACCCCUUCUGCCACGUCAACAAGGUGGCAGUGUUUGACUCGUCCACUGGUCGUUGGAGCGAGGGCCCUCCGUUCCCACGUCAGCUGAAGCUGAGCGACACAAUUGGUGCGCACGGGAAGGUGGUGCUGUUCUCGUCGGUGAUUGGUCGGUGCGUGUACAUGGGUGUGUCUUCACGGCCUGGCGAGGUGGUUGCGAUGCGGCUGAGUGAAGAGGUGGGGGGGGCGAAGGGGGGCGCGGACUCGGGAGGGGAAGGAGGAGGGGAGAGGGGAGCGGAUAGUGGACGAAGUGGAGGGGGCGGAGGGGGCGGAGAGAAAGGGGGAUGGAGGGUGAAGAGGAAUAACGGCAUGAAUGGGUAUGUGGGAAGGACGGUACAGAAUUUUCGAGUGCAGGGCAGUGGUUCGGAUGGUGGGAUGGCAGAAGAAAGCGAGGAGGAGGUGUGGUGGGAGGCACGAGAAGCUUGGGUGGAGGAGAAGGAGGGGGAAGAGGAGGAGGAAGAGGGGGAGGAGGAGGGAGACAGAGAGGGAUCUGGAGGAGGAGAACGAGAAACUCUCCUCAUCUCUCCUUUGCUCUCAACGGCGACUGGCACAUCUUCUCAGGCGCACUCCUCCCCUCUCUAG